GGCCGCGCCAUGGCGGAAGCUGCGGAGAAGGUACAGGCCGAGGGGGGCUGUAGGGGCACUGCCCCGCCAACAGGCGAGGAGCUGGACGGGGAGCGGGAGCGGGGAGGCCCCUGGAAUCACAGGGCACGGCGAGCGUGAAAGGCGGGGUGGGGGGGCAGCCCUGGCGGCGGGGCUGCGCGGGCUGGCGGUGCGGCGACAACAGCCGUUGGAACCUAGCUGCGCUAAAGGAAAGGAGAUAGAGGAGGAGAAAAAGAGCGAAACGUCCAGUCCCCCCCCUCCUCCUCCGUUAGCUGUGUGUCAGAGUUUGAAGUAGACGACCGGGGGUGAGGGGUUCCGGGUUUAGGUGACACCUGAUAUAGAACCCCCAGCAGCUGGGGCCAGGUGAUUGAAAUGCAGCUAGCACCUUUGCUGGGGAGAGAUUAAGGGGCUGAAGGAAGGGAAGGGGCCCUCUGGAAUGGAUGAGAAGCUCACCUGUGGUGAGUGGUGCAGGGGAUGUGAAUUCAUCUCAGUAGUGGAAUCUUCUGAGGAUUGUUGCAGCACUUUAGUGCUUGUGACCCGUGGUUCUCUGAAGGGAUGAUCUUCAAUAAAGCGCUCCCUUUCCAAACUCGCUCCCAAGAAAACAAUAAAAUUAAAGCUGGAAAUGAAGUUCCCUGGCUCUCUGAAUACUUUCUCAGUAUUUUCUCACUAAUUUCUGUGACUUCCUCAUCUGUUUUCUCUUUCUCUAUUCUUAGGCUGUUUGAGCAACAGCAUUUGCUAUCUGUCUGAAGCAUUCUUCCGAUUUUACCCUAGAGUCUGAGGCCUACUAAUGGCAGUCAUUCCUACGUGAUUUGAGAUUCUGGUCAUCUACAGUUCCCUGCUGAGGAAUUUCCUUUCCACAGUUAGAAGUAGAAGUGGGGUACUGUCCUCUUGCUUUGUGCAUUUGGUGAGAGGGGAAGCAACCUGACAAAACCCCAGGAUAGUUACAACUGUGGUUUGCCUGUGCUGGUAGGAGAGUUCUGAGGAAAAAAGCUUCCCUCAGAAACCAGGUCUAAUGAGGAAUCAACAGAUGAAUCUGAGGAAGAUGAGAGUGAAGAGGAGCCCAAGCUGAAGUAUGAACGACUUUCUAAUGGAGUGACAGAAAUUCUGCAGAAAGAUGCAGCCAGUUGCAUGACAGUGCAUGAAAAGUUUUUGGCACUGGGAACACAUUAUGGCAAAGUUUAUUUACUUGAUGUCCAGGGGAACAUCACACAGAAGUUUGAUGUUAGUCCCGUGAAGAUAAAUCAGAUCAGUCUGGAUGAAAGUGGAGAACACAUGGGUGUUUGUUCAGAAGAUGGGAAGGUGCAAGUGUUUGGAUUGUAUUCAGCGGAAGAAUUUCAUGAAACAUUUGACUGUCCUAUUAAAAUUGUUGCUGUUCAUCCUCAUUUUGUAAGAUCCCACUUCAAGCAGUUUGUAACAGGAGGAAAGAAGUUACUGCUAUAUGAGAGAGGCUGGAUGAACAGAUGGAAGCCUUCUGUUUUACACGAAGGGGAAGGAAACAUAAGAAAUGUAAAAUGGAGAGGACACUUAAUUGCUUGGGCCAAUAACAUGGGAGUGAAGAUACUUGACAUGAUCUCCAAGCAAAGAAUUACCAAUGUGCCUCGAGAUGACAUAAGCCUUCGCCCAGACAUGUAUCCCUGUAGCCUUUGCUGGAAGGAUAAUUUAACACUGAUUAUUGGCUGGGGAAAUUCAGUAAAGAUUUGCUCAGUAAAGGAGCGGCAUGCCAGUGAAAUGCGUGACCUUCCAAACCGCUAUGUGGAAAUAGUUUUCCAAUUUGAUACCGAGUUCUAUAUCAGUGGGCUUGCACCUCUCUGUGACCAACUUGUUAUACUUUCGUACGUAAAGGAGAUUUCAGAAAAGACGGAGGUGGAGUGUUGCGCCAGGCCCAGACUGGACAUCGUACAACCCCUGCCCGAGUCUUGUGAGGAGAUCUCUUCUGAUGCGCUAACAGUACGAGGAUUUCAGGAGAAUGAAUGUAGAGAUUACCAUUUAGAGUAUUCGGAAGGUGAAUCGCUGUUUUAUAUCAUCAGCCCAAGAGACGUGGUUGUAGCUAAAGAACGGGACCAAGAUGACCACAUUGACUGGCUUCUUGAAAAGAAGAAAUAUGAAGAAGCUUUGAUGGCAGCUGAGAUCAGUCAGAAAACCAUAAAAAAGCACAAGAUUUUGGACAUAGGCUUAGCCUAUAUAAAUCACCUGGUGGAGAAAGGAGAGCAUGACCUGGCUGCUCGAAAGUGCCAGAAAAUUCUUGGCAAAAACACAGAACUCUGGGAAUUCGAAGUUUACAAGUUUAAAGAAAUAGGUCAACUUAAGGCAAUUAGUCGUUACUUGCCCAGACGGGAUCCAGUUUUGAAACCUCUUAUCUAUGAGAUGGUCCUGCAUGAGUUUUUGGAGAGUGACUAUGAGGGGUUUGCAACCCUGAUAAAAGAGUGGCCUGGAGAUCUCUACAACAACACAAUCAUAGUUCAGGCUGUAGUAGAUCACCUGAAGAAAGAUCCACAAAACAGGACAUUGCUAAGAACACUUGCAGAACUGUAUACUUAUGAUCAGCGCUAUGGAAGAGCCCUAGAAAUUUACCUAACUCUGAGGCACAAAGACGUCUUCCAGUUGAUCCACAGGCACAAUCUGUUCAGUUCCAUCAAAGAUAAAAUUGUUCUACUCAUGGAUUUUGAUUCAGAGAAAGCAGUCGACAUGCUUUUGGAUAAUGAAGAUAAAAUUUCCAUUGACAGAGUUGUUGAAGAGCUAGAAAACAGACCUGAACUACAGCAUGUGUAUUUGCACAAGCUUUUCAAAAGAGACCACCAUAAAGGACAAAGGUAUCAUGAAAAACAGAUCAGUCUUUAUGCUGAAUAUGAUCGUCCAAAUUUACUACCAUUUCUCAGAGACAGCACUCACUGUCCACUAGAGAAGGCUCUAGAGAUCUGCCAACAGAGAAACUUUGUAGAAGAGACAGUUUAUCUUCUGAGCAGAAUGGGUAACAGCCGCAGUGCCUUGAAGAUGAUAAUGGAAGAACUGCAAGAUGUAGAUAAAGCUAUUGAAUUUGCCAAGGAACAAGAUGAUGGAGAACUUUGGGAAGACCUCAUUUUAUAUUCUAUUGACAAACCACCUUUUAUUACUGGUUUGUUGAACAACAUUGGAACUCAUGUUGACCCAAUUCUUUUGAUUCAUCGUAUUAAGGAAGGCAUGGAGAUUCCUAAUUUGAGAGAUUCACUAGUGAAAAUUCUUCAGGACUACAACUUGCAGAUCUUGCUGCGGGAAGGUUGCAAGAAGAUUCUUGUUGCUGACUCUCUUUCUUUGUUGAAGAAAAUGCAUCGAACUCAGAUGAAGGGCGUUCUGGUAGAUGAGGAAAAUAUCUGUGAAUCAUGCCUGUCUCCAAUACUUCCUUCAGAUGCAUCCAAGUCCUUCAACGUGGUAGUGUUCCACUGCAGACACAUGUUUCACAAAGAAUGUCUCCCGGUAUCUAACACAGUAUCUUCUGUCCAGUUCUGCAACAUAUGCAGUGCCAAACAUAGAGGACCAGGAAGUGCAAUCCUGGAGAUGAAGAAAUAGCAGUCCCCUAGUUGUCCAUACCAGUCUGUGACACCAAGUCUGUUAGGAGCCACUGUAGUUUCUGUUAGUUAUCAUUUCUGUAAAUAAUUCUGAAUUCUGAUUUAAAGCUGGUUUCUGUAAGUGGUCCUACUUACCGAACACUUUCUGGAAAGAGAAAAUAUGAAAAUCUUUGCUAGUAGCUCUUUGUUACAUAAUUCAUAUUUCACUGUUCCUGUGCUCACCGUGUUCUUUACUUAACUCUGGAACUGAAAACAAAAAUAAAAAGAGAGCAAAACAGUC